AUGCGUCCAUUCUUUCUCAUUGCCAUUUUUCUCGGCUUAACUACUUGCCAUCCCACCUUGAAGUUUGUUAGAGACAUUCUAACCCCAGAAGGAUUUACCAAAAUCCAACCAGGGGGGAUCGAUGAUGUUAAAGUCACGGAAGAAAAUACCCUCAACAGCACCAGCACUAUUGCCCAGCGAGACCCAGUUGUCGCCACUCUGCCUCUGAAGUUCGUCAACAACUACAGUGGCGGUGCAGUCAACGUCUAUAUAUCUGGGCUGGACUCCAAUGGUGCGGUCGUCUUCGUUGCUAGCAAUGGAUCCUUGAUUUAUCCUUCCUCAGGUGGCUCCAAGGUCCCUGUUAAAAUCACCAAGAACAUUGCCAUUCCCAUAACUUCGUCUGGAGACAUGUUUGAACUCACUCUGCCAAUUUAUAUGAGCUCUGGACGCAUCUAUUUUUCCGAUGGUGGCUUGUCGUUUUACAUGGUGAACACUGACACAGGGGAUGGCUUGGUUCAGCCGUCCAUUACCAACCUUCAGGAUGCAAACGCUGGCCUCAAAUGGGGCUUCGCUGAGUUUACUUACACUGGCGGGGUCAUAUAUGCAAAUAUUAGCUACGUUGACUUUGUUGGCAUGGUUCUGGGCAUGUUGCUAACGGUCGCCGACGGCACCGUGCAAAGUGCAGCGGGACUCCAGGCUGACAGUGUCACCAACAUCUGCAAUGACUUAGUGACACAGAUGGAUGCUGAUGGAUACCCGUGGAGUUCCAUGUGCAUUGCCAAUGCUGCAGGAACUCCUAUCCGAGUAUUGUCACCUGGCAACUUCCACGAUCUCAACGCCCAUGCCUUUGUCAAAUACUGGUCCAGUUAUGUUGACCAAGUCUGGAGCCAAUAUACCAUCUCGACCUUGAUGAUCAACACGCAGACAGAUUUCGGAGACGUUAGCUGCCAGGUUUCGGGAGAUGAAUUGAUCUGCAAUGGCGACAAUCGAGGCUACACAAAGCCCAGCGCCAACGACAUCUGGGGCUGCAACACCGGGCCGUUUGCUAUUAUAGAUGACGACAAUGCCAUUCACAAGGCAGUAGUGCCGCGUCUCUGCGCUGCAUUUGUCCGCUCCACUCUUCUUCUCGAUGGAGGCAAUGUGCAGCCGAGCCUUGGCAGCGAUUCGUACUACAUGGUCGAUCCUACCAACCACUACAGCCGCGUCAUUCAUAAGUAUGAGGUGGACGGCAAGGGAUAUGCAUUCUCCUACGACGAUGUCAACCCGGACGGCAAUGAAAAUGCCUCAGGCAUUGUUUCGUCUGGAAACGUUGACAACUUGACCAUUUUCGUUGGCGCUCCACCUUCUUAA